GAUACAUUUGUUUGCUGUAUGGUAAGGAUGUUGAAAUAUAAAUGUACUGUUGAAAUAUAAAUAGCAUCUUAGGUAAUUUGACUAGCAGCAUUGUGUGUUUAUGCAAGUGAGCGUAAAAUAGAGUAAAAUGUAAUUGUGCGUCACAGUUCGCUGCGUUGUUUGUUGGUCUUUGGACUUGACUUCUUCAGCCUUAUGUUUACUGUUAGGGUGGGCCCAGACUUGUGCAAGUUACUGUUAUCAGAAAGGUUCCCGUAGAUAUCUUGAUUCUCCGUGUGCAGAUUUCUUACCGAACAAUCAUCAGGAGAAAGUGAUGAGACUUCAGUGAUGUGCUUACCUGAGGCAUUUUUGAGCAGAUCAUCAGCUGUGUGUGUCUAUAUCAGCGGAUUGUGUUUUGAUCAGGCCUCAUCACAUUGUGUUGCAACUCCAAUCCUAAUUGGAUGCUUGUUUCAGAAUGACAGCAGAAGACUCCGCCUCUGCCGUUGCUAUGAGUAACCCUAGCCCUUCCUCCUCUUCUAAGGCCUCCUCUGGGCAUCCGCAGCAUCACAGCGCCAUCCCAGAGGGAGUGGCUGGGGCCCCCAAUGAAGCUGCCCUUGUGGCCCUGAUGGAGCAAUCAGGUUAUGGUAUGGUGCAAGAAAAUGGACAACGCAAAUAUGGGCCACCACCUGGCUGGCAAGGCCCCUCCCCUCCACGCGGCUGCGAAAUCUUUGUGGGUAAAAUCCCACGUGACGUUUACGAGGACGAGCUGGUGCCAGUAUUUGAGACUGUUGGACGGAUCUACGAGAUGCGGCUAAUGAUGGAUUUUGAUGGGAAGAACCGUGGUUAUGCUUUCGUCAUGUACACGCAGAAGCAUGAGGCUAAGCGAGCAGUUCGUGAACUCAAUAACUUCGAAAUUCGUCCAGGAAGGUUGCUAGGUGUGUGCUCUAGUGUAGAUAACUGCCGCCUCUUCAUUGGUGGAAAUCCCAAAACCAAGAAACGUGAAGAGAUCAUGGAAGAAGUUUCAAAGGUGACAGAGGGGGUGCUGGAUGUGAUUGUGUACGCGAGUGCUGCGGAUAAGAUGAAGAAUCGGGGCUUUGCCUUUGUAGAGUAUGAGUCUCACCGUGCUGCUGCUAUGGCCAGAAGAAAGCUCAUGCCAGGGCGAAUUCAGCUCUGGGGUCACCAGAUUGCAGUUGACUGGGCAGAACCUGAGAUCGACGUUGACGAGGAUGUGAUGGAAACAGUGAAAAUUCUGUAUGUGCGCAACCUGAUGAUAGAGACCAGCGAAGACACUCUACACCAAACCUUCAGCCAGUUCAAUCCUGGCUGUGUGGAACGUGUCAAAAAAAUCAGAGACUACGCCUUUGUUCACUUUGCCAGUCGAGAAGAUGCGGUGGUUGCAAUGGACAACCUGAACGGCACAGAGAUCGAAGGUUCCUGCAUCGAAGUAACCCUGGCCAAGCCUGUGGAUAAGGAGCAGUACACCCGCUAUCAGAAAGCAUCGAAGGGAACGGCGGCUGCAACAACUACUGACAACAGCCAACAAAGUUACGUGUAUCAGUGUGACCCAUAUACACUCGCCUAUUACGGCUAUCCCUACAGCACACUCAUUGGACCCAACCGAGACUACUUCAUCAAAGCAGGUACUGUAAGAGGCCGUGGCCGUGCUGGAGCCGUUAAUAGGGGCCCAGGGCCCCGCGGCUCAUACCUUGGUGGCUAUUCCGCUGGCCGAGGCAUUUACAGCCGCUACCAUGAAGGAAAGGCCAAAUUGCCGGACAAACCUUACGAGAUCAUGCCCAAUCUAGAGCUGGCAGCUAUGAACCCAGUGGGCAUCAAGCCUGGCACAAUGACUCUUCCAGGCCUCUGUGCCCAGUACCCUGCUGUGUUUUCUGCUGCCCCUGCAACUAAGUUAAUGGAGGAAGGGAAGAUGCACCCAGUGGAGCACCUGAUUAAUCCUUUGGCCCUCCAGCAUGACCCCACAGCUGCCUCGGCCACUGCAGCAGUCAUACCUGCGGUCUCCACACCACCACCUUUCCAGGGUCGUCCUAUGACUCCCAUCUACGCCAUGGCUCAUAAUGUGCAGAGGAUUCCGGCUGCAGCUGCCAGUCUGUAUGGAGCCAGUUACAUGCCUAUCGCCACCCACGCCAACACCGCCAUGCUGGCAGCGCUACAGAAGAAUGCUGCUGUGGCAGCCGCCGCAACCUAUGGAGGGUACGCUGGGUAUGUGCCUCAGGCCUUCCCUGCCGGUGCCACCUUCCAGAUGCCCAUUCACGAUGUAUACCAGACCUACUGAGACACCCACAGCAUCAAUCACAGUGACUUACAAUUACACCCACCGCGUCGCCACAGGCCAUCAGACAUUUACGGCACGACUAUGAGGUCUGCUGGUUAAUUAAACCACGCAGAGUGAAACUGACAUACAACAAAACUAACACAUUCUGACUCGUGUGAAGCUCCCUGGAAGCCCUUAGAUUAGAUGCUGGCAGCAAGGAUGUAGAUUUCUGCUAAAUUUAUUCACAACUUCAUCAGCCCCUCUGGCCCACAUUUAUUAAUCCAGACAUAUGACCUAGACCAAAACCCACUUUCAUAUGCUCCUGAUUAACUUACCAAGACAGGUAGACUUUUGUGUUCUAAGUUAUGGACUCAAACCCUGCAAUGUGACCAGAACCUCACCUAUUUUCCCUUUAGAUCAAUAGGAAGCAGUCUGUCAGUUCGACUUCCUAAAGAACAAACACUUGCUCAUUUCCAAAGCCAUCACACGACUGAAUGAAUGACAACUCCUGUUCUCGCAUGCUCAUUUGCAUCUUUUAUCAUUCUGCAGAGGUCUUGUAUAUUAGCUGAUCACCAGUACAGAUGUGGACUGACUCCGAGGGAUAUGUUCAUAUGAAGUAAUUCAAAAUAAGACUCGCAUAAGAAGCACACCUACUGACAUAUCACUGUCUUCCCCACACACUCCAGCUGAGAAUCGUGAGCCUGAGCGUUCCUGUCGCCGCACACUCCUAAUAACGCUCCUCUGCAUUCACGGCCACAAGAAUAGUGAAGGAACGCUGUAGUAUUUGUGGACUUUAAAAAGAACAUAUUUAAUGCCUCUGUAUGCUUUAGAGCAUUUACUUUUGUUUUAUGAAGAAAAACUGUAAAAUGAACAAACAACUGCUGAGCAGGAACUUCAACAACCACAGAAGUAGAAGAUUGAAAGUGUUUCAUGAAAAUGCUGUAUUUUGAGUUUAUAACAUAUACGUAUGCAUUGAAGACGUCGGAAUCUUCCGUCCAUUGGGUUUCCUGCACGCAAGUCUAUAUGCAAAUACCUGCAUUCCUUUUUCCGUCUUAACUGUUUAUUUGCUUAUGCAUUUUUAUAUUUAGAUUAUUUUACGAUUGUACUGUUUAGUUGGUUUGAAGAUGUUGUUUUUAUUGUCUAGAGGAUAUUUUUCUUCUCUAAACUGGAAGAUAGACAAACACUGUUUUCAUUCACAUUCUCAGAGGCAAUGUGUUCAAGAAAAAGAAAACUUGAAAAAGAUAAGUUUUUCAGUUAGUCGGAUAUAUGCUGGAUAGCAUUUGUUCCCUGUUUACGGGAUAUUUCACCCAAAAAUGAAAUUACAUAUCUUUCCAAACCUGUAUAACUUACUUUCUUUGGUGGAACAUGAAAGAUGAUAUUUUGACAUUCCAUGCAAUGGAAAAUCAAAACUUUUAGGUUACCAAGAUCUACUUUUGUGUUCUACGAAAGAAAGUAAGUCAUACAGGUUUAGAAUGACACGAAUACACUAUUUUCAAAGAUUUUCAAAAUUUUCAUUUUUGUGCAAACUAUCCCUUUAAUGUGUUUUAAAUGCACAAACUGGACUGACAAAAAAGUAGCUGGGUUGAAGAUACAGCAUUAUUUAUGAUGACUUAGUUCUGCUUAAUUGUACUGGUUGUGUUUGUUGAUGACCAACCCUUAUUUUUCAGACCACUACUGUGAUUCCCAGCGUCCAGUCCUGUGAAGUCUUAUGUGCAUCAUUAGGAGAGCACAGGCUCCCUCAUAUCUGCUUUUGUGCCAUUAAUACAAAUUACACCUGAAGUACUGUCCCAUUUACCACUGAACCAGUUAUGUUCAUGAUGUUUAUUAACGGUCUUGAGUUGCAGACCUUGAGUUGCAGAAUAAAAUCAGGUUAAUGGCGCGAUACUCUCACCCCCCCACCCCCCCAAAAUCCUACUAUAGAUGAGCAGCAGAUGGUCCAUCGAGUUUUGUAUUUUUUGCUUUCUUUUGUAGUUCUAACCCUGCAUUUUUGUAGAUCACACUCCAUGUUGUGUAGCUACUGUAGUAUGGUAUGUUAGCAGUGAUGACUGUUCUGAGGUGCACUUAAACAUUUUAGGGUGUUAGAGGUUCUUGUGUAUGUAUAUGCUUUACAAUAUGUGUGAGCAGGCACUUUUGUCUUUUUAGGGGUAUUUUGAUACUCCUAGAACUGGAAUGAACUGGACCAAACUGAAACCAGGGAGCUCAGAGAACCUGUUAAUAUCCUCAUUGUCUUUUCAAUGACUGCUGUAUAUCAUAUUAAUGUCCUUCUGAAGACUGCUGUAUGCCACCACUAUGCCUUCUGUAGGACUGUGUAUGUCACAUGUGCCUUUAUUCAGACUGCUGUCUGUCAAGUGACCUCUUAAACACUGUUUGUGAUACCACGGUGCCUGCUCUGUCCUAUUUUCUUUCAGAAAGUCAAGUUUUUUUCUUCUUCUUUUUGUGUGUGUUAUACUGUUGUUUCUAUGGGGGCUCUGAGUGUUAGAGUGCUGCUUUAUGUUGUAUUAUGCUUUCAUGUGUUUCAUGUUCUAACAGAGUUGAUGUUUUAUUAAGUAUAGCCUGUAUUUUUUUUUUUUUUUUUUUUUUAGAAGAGACUGAGUGAAAGUUUGGAGAAAACUU